AUGAUGGAUGAUGGUUCUGCAAAGCGGCGCGGCAACUUUAUUGGUGAUGAUCAGGUAGCUCAUCCUCCUCCAUCUCAGAGUGCUGGGGAGACAACUGAUAUUCAUAACUCUGACGCCACUCAUCACCAGGGUGAUUCUAAUCUUCUAUGA